AUGAGCAACUCAAGCUCAGAAGACGUCGAAGCUUCGGCGAAAGGCCCGCCCAACCAUGGCAAGAGCAACACACAUUACGAUGUCAACGAAAAGCCGGACGGAGACCUCCCUCCACCAGCUCCAACAGAUGAUACCCUCGCCCGCAAGCUCUCCGCCCGACAAGUGCAAAUGAUAGCAAUCGGAGGCACUAGCUGUAUUGUCUUCAUCACGAUGCUGUCGUUGGGAGAGAUGGCAGCUUUCGUGCCUAUUGCUGGAUCUUUUUGUACUUUUGCUGGCCGGUUCGUUGACGACUCGUUCGGGUUUGCCAUGACCUGGAACUACUGGUUCAACAACGCCGUGUCGACGGCCAGCAACCUCAUCGCUCUGCAGCUCUUAUUGUCUUACUGGACGGACAACUUUCCUGGAUGGGGAAUCAGUCUGAUCUUCUUCUUUGUGCUCAUCGCGUUGAACAUCGUUACGGUCCGAGCAUACGGAGAGAUGGAAUACUGGCUUUCUUUGCUGAAAGUCGUCACUAUCAUUGUCUUCAUUAUCCUCGGGAUCGUGGUUAACUGCGGAGCCAACGUCAACGACCAGUAUAUCGGCACUUCGUUCUGGUAUAAAGGCGAUGCACCGUUCGUCAACGGUAUCGGCGGCUUCGCGUCUACCUUCGUCACGGCGAGUUUCGCAUACGGUGGCGUUGAAAGUGUUGCCAUUACCGCAGGCGAGACGAAAGAGCCAUCUCGAACUCUCCCCCGAGUCGUGCGAAACGUAUUCUGGCGAAUCCUCAUUUUCUACAUCCUUUCGGUCCUCCUGAUCGGUCUCAACGUCCCGUACGAUACCGAGGGACUGGCAACACGAGACAGUCAGACUUCGCCAUUCACCAAGGUUUUCGAGCUGGCUGGGAGUCAAGUUGCAGGCUCCUUCAUCAACGCAGUCGUCAUGACCUCUGUUAUCAGCGCCGGCAACCACUCCUUGUUCUCGGGUUCAAGAGUGCUGUACUCGCUCGCCGUCAACGGCCAUGCGCCCAAGAUUUUUGCUACGCUCAGUCCGAAAGCUGUACCUUGGGUUGCUGUGCUCUCCACGAUGGUAAUCAGCGGACUGUGCUUUGGAGCGAGCUACAUCGGAGCGGGACAACUCUGGACCUGGCUACAGAACAUCGUCGGCGUGUCCAACCAGCUGGCGUGGAUCGCUAUCGGUCUCUCAUCGUUACGAUUUCGCACUGCGAUCAGGAGGCAGGGGUUGGAGCAUCUUCUCCCUUUCAAGAACUGGGCAUACCCAUGGGGACCCAUCCUUUCCGUCGUGUUGAACAGCGUGCUCGUGUUGGUGCAAGGCUGGUCGUCUUUCAAAGGAGGUUUCAAGCCAGUCGACUUUGUCAGCUACUACAUUCAGCUGCCUGUCAUGGCGGUUAUGAUCAUAGGGUGGAAGCUGAUCAAGAAGACUCGCUUCGUCCGACUAUCGACUAUGGAUCUCACUUCGGAUCGCUACGAUCAAGGUCUGACGGUCGAAGAGAGAGAGCAGAAGUUGCAGAGGGCAAAGAUCGGCUCGUAUGCCAAGGGUCAGGGUUGGAAGGAGAGGUCAAAAGCUAUUUCGCAAUGGUUUUUCUUCUAG